AUGCGACGGUAUAUGCAUGACCACCAACUCACGGUGCCUGAUGAGCAGAUAGACGCAGUGAACGACCACCUGCAGCCAAAUAGCCCAGCGGAGAGACACAUGAAGGGGCUUGCGGCCGCAUCGGUGCACCGGGCCUCGCUUGCCGAGUACCUCGCAGAGCUCGCGCGCAAAUUUCCGGGCGUGAAAGGCAUUGAGAGAACUCCUCAGCAAUACGAGGUGGAGUUGUGCAAGAUGAGGAUCACCAUGGAGGAGCUGGCACAAGAAAAAGUAAAGGUGGGAGCACUAGAGAUACACACCCGGGACCACAUUGCGAACAGGAUCAAGGACCUGGCCUCGGAUGCCAACAUAUCGUCCUCGCUGUCAGGCUAUGCUCUGUGGAAAGACAACCAACCAAGCGUCAUCACAAAGGCGCUUACUCCAACGCCGCAGAACUGGGAAGAGGUCGCUGCAAAGAUUCGAGCAAUCCCACUGUCAGACCUUCGGGAUGCGACGGCCAUACACCAGCAGGCGGCUGCUCUGUGGAAGGACAUGGUCAGCAAUAUGACCCGGAUGUUCCAGUCCAUGCGUGCUCCGUCGUACGCAUCCUUGUCUGACCACCCCGCACAAACGCCAGGACCCCCACAACCACGCCAGGCACCACUGGCUGUGCUGGCGCCACCCCGCAGUCAACCGUUUCAGCCCCGUCCACCGUGCCCACCCCAGAUGGGAGGUGACUACGUACCAACGACAGAGGAACUGGCCCAGCUCCAGACAAUCCUAGAGCAAGUCAUCUGUGUGGCGCAACCGGAUACGCCGGAGGGCCAGGCAACAUAUGCAGGCCAGGUGGCAAAGUGGCAGAGCAACAACCGUGCAACGCAAGCAGCAGGGAUGCUUCGCAUUGAGAGCACUGGCUUUCCCCUCAAGCCAGGGACUGUGAUUCCGGGAUCAGGAGAGUACUGGUGGUGUGGCAUGCCAGCACAUCGCGGUGGAGAGUGCAAGAGUCUGGUUCCUGACAAAGAACGCCGAUUCCGGACGGUCUGUGAUCAAUGGCUUCGCCCUCAACGAGGCCCAGCGCCAGUCGCUCCGCCGAUUACCCCAGUCAACAACGUCGGGACUUGA